GAGAGUUGCUACAUACUUGCCUGCUUUUUGCUCCAGGUGCACUUUGUUCCAGACGCUGGAACUGUGGCUCAGAUUGUCUACACUGAUGACCAGGUUCGCCCACCCCAGCAGGUGGUGUACACAGCAGAUGGUGCCUCCUAUACUUCAGUGGAUGGUCCAGAGCACACACUAGUGUACAUCCAUCCUGUGGAAGCUGCGCAGACUCUGUUUACAGACCCAGGCCAGGUAGCUUAUGUCCAACAGGAUGCUGCCACAGCUCAGCAGGCCUCGUUGCCAGUGCAUAACCAGGUGCUGCCUUCAAUUGAGAGUGUGGAUGGUUCCGACCCUUUGGCAACUCUGCAGACGCCUAUAGGUAGACUGGAGGCAAAAGAGGAAGAGGAGGAGGAGGAGGAGGAGGAGGAUACAGAGGAGGAUGAGGAGGAGGACGGUGAAGACACAGAUCUGGAUGAUUGGGAGCCAGACCCACCCCGACCCUUCGACCCACACGACUUAUGGUGCGAGGAGUGUAAUAACGCACAUUCUUCCGUGUGCCCAAAGCAUGGCCCCUUGCAUCCGAUCCCCAACCGGCCCGUGCUCACUCGAGCGAGAGCGAGUCUGCCCCUGGUGCUGUACAUAGACAGGUUCCUUGGAGGAGUGUUCUCCAAACGGCGCAUUCCCAAGCGCACCCAGUUUGGCCCUGUGGAGGGACCCCUCGUCAGGGGGUCUGAACUGAAGGACUGUUAUAUUCAUCUAAAGGUUUCUCUUGAUAAAGGGGACAGAAAAGACAGAGAUUUGCAUGAAGACCUGUGGUUUGAGUUGUCUGAUGAGACCCUUUGUAACUGGAUGAUGUUUGUGCGUCCAGCCCAGAACCACCUGGAGCAGAACCUAGUGGCUUACCAGUAUGGCCACCAUGUGUAUUACACAACAAUAAAGAAUGUGGAGCCCAAGCAGGAACUGAAGGUGUGGUAUGCUGCUUCCUAUGCUGAGUUUGUGAAUCAGAAAAUUCAUGAUAUUUCUGAGGAAGAAAGGAAAGGUGAUUGGACAACAAGAGGCAGAGGAAGGGGACGAGGCAAGAGGCGAUUUGGCCCAGGUCGACGGCCAGGGCGUCCUCCAAAAUUUAUCCGCCUGGAAAUAACCAGCGAAAAUGGGGAAAAGAGUGAUGAUGGGACACAGGACUUGCUACAUUUUCCCACAAAGGAGCAGUUUGAUGAGGCUGAACCAGCUACUCUGAAUGGGCUGGAUCAACCUGAACAGACCAGUAUCCCGAUCCCUCAGCUGCCACAGGAAACCCAGUCAUCUCUGGAACGUGAACCAGAAACUCACACCCUGCAUCUGCAGCCACAGCCUGAAGAGAGCGUAGGGCCCACCCAGUGCACGCUGACGGCUGAUGACAUGCGCAGAGCCAAACGUAUCCGAUUGGAGCUGCAGAAUGCAGCUCUUCAGCAUCUGUUUAUUCGGAAGUCCUUCCGGCCUUUCAAAUGUUUGCAGUGUGGGAAGGCCUUCCGAGAAAAGGACAAACUGGACCAACACUUGCGCUUCCAUGGGCGGGAGGGGAACUGCCCGUUGACCUGUGAUCUCUGUAACAAGGGCUUCAUCAGCAGUGCGUCCUUGGAGAGCCACAUGAAGCUCCACUCGGAUCAGAAGACUUACUCUUGCAUUUUUUGCUCAGAAUCCUUUGAUCGCCUUGAUUUGUUGAAAGAUCAUGUGGCCAUUCAUAUCAAUGAUGGCUACUUCACCUGUCCAACUUGUAAGAAACGGUUCCCAGAUUUUAUCCAGGUGAAAAAACACGUUCGCAGCUUCCACUCAGAAAAGAUCUACCAGUGCACAGAGUGUGAUAAGGCCUUCUGUCGCCCAGACAAACUGCGACUCCACAUGCUCAGGCAUUCGGACCGCAAAGACUUCCUGUGUUCGACCUGUGGGAAGCAAUUUAAGCGAAAAGACAAACUGCGGGAACACAUGCAAAGGAUGCAUAAUCCUGAGAGGGAGGCCAAGAAAGCUGACCGCAUCAGCCGCUCCAAGACGUUCAAGCCUCGCAUCACGUCCACAGACUACGACAGCUUCACGUUCAAGUGCCGCCUGUGCAUGAUGGGCUUCCGGCGGCGGGGCAUGCUGGUAAAUCACUUAUCAAAGAGGCACCCAGACAUGAAGAUAGAAGAGGUGCCAGAGUUAACUCUACCCAUCAUCAAACCCAACCGUGAUUACUUUUGUCAGUAUUGUGAUAAGGUUUAUAAAAGUGCCAGCAAGCGUAAAGCCCAUAUUCUGAAGAACCAUCCAGGAGCCGAGCUCCCACCAAGCAUUCGGAAACUUCGCCCCGCUGGUCCUGGAGAGCCAGACCCCAUGCUGAGCACCCACACCCAGCUGACGGGCACCAUAGCCACCCCUCCUGUCUGCUGCCCUCACUGCUCCAAACAGUAUAGCAGCAAGACCAAGAUGGUCCAACACAUUCGAAAGAAGCAUCCGGAGUAUGCCCAGCUCCCUAACACCAUACAUACACCAUUGACAACAGCUGUGAUAAGUGCCACCCCAGCUGUGUUAACGACAGAUAGUGCCACUGGAGAGACCGUGGUGACAACAGACCUGCUAACCCAAGCAAUGACAGAACUGUCCCAGACCUUAACAACAGAUUACCGAACGCCACAAGGAGACUACCAGAGAAUUCAGUAUAUCCCUGUGUCACAGUCUGCGUCUGGUCUCCAGCAACCUCAGCAUAUCCAGCUUCAAGUGGUGCAAGUGGCCCCGGCCACCUCCCCUCACCAGUCUCAGCAGUCCACGGUGGACGUCGGCCAGCUCCAUGACCCUCAGACCUACACCCAGCACGCCAUCCAGGUGCAGCACAUCCAGGUGACUGAGCCCCCCACCUCAGCCCCGGCACCCUCCCAGGUAGCUGGGCAGCCGUUGAGUCCCUCUGCCCAGCAGGCUCAGCAGGAGCUCAGCCCGUCCCGUAUACCAGGAAGCUCUUCCACACAGGGGCAGGCGCUGCAGCAGCAGCAGCAGCAGCAGAGUUCCUCUGUACAACACACAUACCUGCCCAACGCUUGGAACUCCUUCCGUGGCUAUUCAUCUGAGAUUCAAAUGAUGACACUUCCCCCAGGUCAGUUUGUGAUUACAGACAGUGGUGUGGCAACUCCUGUUGCGUCUGGCCAGGUGAAGGCUGUUACUCCGGGUCAUUAUGUGUUAUCAGAAAGUCAACCAGAAUUGGAGGAAAAGCAAACUUCUGCCCUCUCCGGUGGAGUUCAGGUUCAGCCGUCUGCACAUAGUGACUCCCUGGACUCCCAGAGCACCAGUCAACAACAGACCACACAGUACAUCAUCACAACCACCACCAAUGGAAACGGAAGCAGUGAAGUGCACAUUACUAAACCAUGACCUUCUCCCUGAGCUAGAAUUG